AUGUCCGGCAGCGGGAAACGAACCCGCGAUACCAUAAUCACGACGAGGUCAGGUCGGCAAGGAACUUGUGGCACGACUGGACUUCAUUCGCCACGCUCUCACUCUCCACUCACCGCUCCUCGCUCAUCCACUCCGCACGCCCACUCAUUAAAAUACAUCCUACUGCAUCCCCAUUCUCUUUUCACCUCACCCAUUCUCCCUCCCGAACUACCAAAGCAACCUUCAAAAAAGGAUGGAAUGCAUGAAAUGGUUCGAGGAGCAAUUAAGAAGAGGAAGAAGAAGAAGAAGAAGAAGAAGAAGAAGAAGAAGAAGAAGGAAGAAGAAGAAAAGAAGGAGGAGGAGGAGGAGGAGGAGGAGGAGGAAGAAGGUGAAAAACGGGUCCAUGACCAUGAAGCAAGAGAAGAAGAAGAAGUAGCAGGAGAUGCAACAACUCCCACUGGCAGCCCACAACAGUGCAACACCCGACCAACUUUGCCACCACCCACUACUGAAGGAAACAAGCAACCCGGUGAAGGUGGCACCCCCCAGAAUGUGGAGGUCCAUAUGGGUCAGGGGGCCCCCAUGCCCACCAAUAGUGGAGUCUAUAUGGGGUCAGGGUGGCCACGCCCCCCAGAAUAG